GAGAGUGCUGCUGAUACUGCAAGCGUCAACAUUAUGUGCAGUUCCAUGGAGUAGCAGAAUGGCUGUCGAAGCUGUUCACUGCAACCCGAGUCAGAAUGGAAUUGAUCAUCAGAUGUGCAUGGAGGAUGUAAGCUUAAAUGUGGAAGAGGAGUCGUCGGAUCAGGUUGCAGGAUUGGAUGAUGACAAUCCAGGCUUCCAGCAGCACAGUCCCGGUUUCCAGCAUCAUUCCCUUCCACAACGCUCUGUCUCUGAGUCUGAACUCUCCAAGCCAGGGACAGUCAAGUUGUCCAAACCGGUGGCUCUGUGGUCCCAGCAGGAUGUUUGUAAGUGGUUGAAGAAGCACUGUCCUAACCAGCACCAGGUCUACAGUGAUGCCUUCAAACAGCAUGAUAUCACAGGUCGAGCUCUGAUGAGGCUGACUGACAGGAAGCUGGAGAGGAUGGGCAUCAUGCAGGAAAGCCAGAGACAGUACAUCCUCCAGCAGGUCCUGCAGCUUCGUGUUAGAGAGGAGGUCCGCACUCUCCAGCUCCUCACACAAGCCUCUCUGGAGAGUUCUCCAUAACCUGAGCAUUCCUGGAGACCCACCAGUCACCACGUGACCUGACGAGCGUCUUCUCAAAUGUCAGCAGCACACACCAGCCUCCAGCUCUCCAACGUCUUUAACCAGACUUGACCGAUCUUAUGUCUU